AUGGAGAGCAAGGUGGACGGGAUGAGCGAUGCGUACGACAACUUCGUAGCGGCGGCGACGCGGGUCCUCCAGGCCAACGAGGCCGCUGGCGGGCGGCGGACAGUGGCGACGGAGGUGGCGCUCGAGAACUUCAAGAAUCGGUGGGAGGUGUUCAAGGCGACGUGCGAUCGGGUGGAGGAGAUCGUGGAGGAGGCGAGGCGGAGGAUCGCGCCGGAGUACGUGGUGGAUGUGGCGGGCGGUAUGGCGCCGGCGGCUGCCGUGGGGGCGGCGAGGGUUCCUCCGUUCAGCGUGCCCCAACUGGAGCAGGCGCUCCAUGUGGUCCACUCGAUGGCGGCGGAUCUCCGGCAAGCAUCGGGCGGCAGCGCCGCUCCCUCCGCCGCCGUCCCUCCCUCUGAUGCCGUACCGCCAUCUGAAGAGAAGGAUGAAUAA